AGUACUAAGUUGAAGCCUUACCAGAUCGGAUCUCACCGACAGAAUCAACUCCGUGCCUCGGUUGCAAGGCUGACCACUUGACCAGGAAAGACGUUUCGACAAAUCUACAAUGCACCAUUAAGCACCCUGCCCUGCCAAAGUCGGUUGGCCCCGCCCAAAACCCAAACACCAUAACCUGUUCCGCUGUUCGCGUUGGCACGGAGGCUCCAAAAGGUCAGAAUCCCGACGCCGCACUCCACAACGGUAGGCGUGCGGUACCCACGGCGCGCCGCACUGGUAGUCGCGCGCAACGUGCUCGACGGAAUGCCGCACCGGGACGUCGUCUCGGCCACUGCGGCCAUCGGCGCGCUCACCCGCCGCGGCCGGCACCGCGACGCCCUCGCCAUGUUCUCCCGGGUGCUCGCCGACGGCGUCGCGCCCAACGAGUUCACCUUCGGCACCGUCCUCCGCUCGGCCACCGCGCUGCGCGCCCUGCGUGUCGGCGCGCAGCUCCACGCCUGCGCCGCCAAGCUCGGCCUCUGCUCCAAUGUCUUCGUCGGCAGCGCCCUCCUCGACCACUACGCCAAGAUGGGCGCCAUGAGGGAGGCCCAGGGCUCGCUGGAGGAUACCCGUGAGCCGAACGUGGUCUCCUACACCGCCCUCAUUGCCGGCUUGCUGAAGAACGGGAUGUUCGAUGAAGCAGACCGUUUGUUCUGGCGCAUGCCAGAGAGGAACCUGAUCUCUUGGAAUGCGAUGAUCGGCGGGUGUAGCCAAGCCGGGCUCAGCGAGGAAGCUGUUAAUCUGUUCCUGGAAAUGUGUCGAGCAGGUGUCACGCCGAACGAAAGCACCUUCCCCUGCGUGCUCACCUCUGUUGCCAAUGCAGGGGCACUAGGCGUUGGUAGAAGUGUCCACGCAUCGGCUAUCAAGUUCUUGGGCAACCUUGACGUCUAUGUGGGCAAUUCUCUUGUGAGCUUCUAUGCAAGGUGCGGUAGCUUGGAGGACAGUUUCCUGGUGUUCAAAAGGAUUAAGAAAAAGAACGUGGUCUCAUGGAAUGCGCUGAUCUGCGGGUAUGCACAGAAUGGAAGGGGAGAGGAAGCUUUAAGUGCUUACAAGGCGAUGAGAGCAACGGGCCUGAAGCUGAAUAAUGUCACUCUUCUCGGCUUGCUGUUUGGAUGCAACCAUGCUGGUCUGGUUGACGAGGGGUAUGCGCUGUUUAAGGCUGCUGAGAGGCGACAACCGGACAUACUGAAGCCUGAGCAUUAUGCUUGUGUGGUUGAUCUUCUAUCUCGGGCGAAGCGGUUCGACGAUGCCAAGAGGUUUCUCGAGGAUCUUCCCUUUGAGCCGGGCAUCGGGUUCUGGAAGGCACUGAUAGGGGGUUGUCAGAUUCACUGGAACAGGGAGCUAGCUGAGAGUGUUGCAAAGCGCAUUCAUGAAUUGGAUCCGAAGGACACAUCUUCCUACAUUCUUCUGUCAAAUGUUUAUUCUGCAGUAGGAAGCUGGCAAAGUGUUUCUAUGAUCAGGAGAGAGAUCAAGGAAAAGGGGCUGAAGAGGAUUACCGGCUGCAGUUGGAUUGAAGUCCAGGACAAGGUCCAUGUCUUCUUCAAUGGAGACUGUAGACAUCCUCAGAGUGAAGAAAUUUACGCUAUACUUGAAGAAUGCCUGUACACCAGGGAAGAUGAUCAACAUGAACAAUAAACUGUAUGGCCAUGACAGAUCAUCCAAAAGAAAUGGAAGCACUUUGGUAAAGGUGCUUGCUUGUCACUGGCUUAUAUGCUAUUCCUUCAGGACGACAGCAGAACAUGUGUUUCAGGCUUUCAGGUAUAAGGUGAACAUGUGUCACGGUUGCAGCAAGAAAUGCUCUUUGGGAAAGCUGGGAUCCCUCAUAAUGCUCAAGUCAGAGGAUAAUGUCACAAAUUAGCAAAGAAUUUUUAGAUUCGUAGAUGAAUGUUGAUGAACCUUGAGAUUUGCAAUGUUUUUAGAUUAAAACUUGCAAUGGUAAUAGAUUAAAAGAGUCCAUUUA